CGAAACCUAAGUUUAUGUAGGUAAAAUAAAGUAAUAUUAUUUUUCUAAUUAUCAAGUAUAUAUAUAUAUAUAUCGAGUAGGAGAUGAAUUUAUGCUCUAAAAAGCAGAGGAUAUAGUCUAAAAAAGUGAUGGUGUCGACCUUUGUAUAAUAUUCCAUAAAUUCAAAUGCAGGCCAAAAAGCGAUAUAUUUUUCUUAUUGUAACAUGUAUCUUUUUGCUUUUCUGUUACUUUACGGGUCACACACUAAAAUCUGAAUUAGUUGUGCACAGCCGCAGAGAUCAGCUUCCUUCCUAUGCCACUUUAGAUGAAUUAUCGGAAGUGGCAUUUCUAUGGCACAGACAGCCACAUUCUACAACAAAGUCAUGUAGAAUGGAAACAUGUUUUGAUUUUUCAAAAUGUGGGAAUGAUCCUAAAAUAUAUGUUUAUCCUACUGAUGGCCCAGUAAGCACAUCAUACCGGAAAGUAUUGUCUGUUAUUAGAGAGUCACGCUACGCUACCAGGGAUCCCAAUGAAGCUUGCUUAUUCUUACCUGCUGUAGACACUUUGGAUGCUGAUCCUUUAUCACCAGAACAUGUCCCUGAUGUAGGCACAAGAUUAUCCCGUUUACCUUAUUGGAAAAAUGGUAAAAACCACCUUAUAUUUAAUUUGUAUGCUGGUACUUGGCCAGACUAUUCUGAAGAAUCAUUGGGAUUUGAUCCAGGUGAAUCAAUUUUGGCGCGAGCAAGUGCUUCAGAGACUAUAUUCAGAGAUGGGUUUGAUAUAUCAUUACCAUUGUUCCACAAAGAACACCCUGAGAGGGGAGGAGUGCCUCCCGCGGCGACGGCCAACCCAUUCCCGGCUCCGCGCCGUCAUUUGUUAGCUUUUAAAGGAAAGCGCUAUGUGCAUGGUAUUGGGAGUGAAACAAGAAAUUCCCUGUGGCAUUUGCAUGAUGGCAACAAUCUAAUAUUAGUAACCACCUGUCGCCAUGGGAAAUCUUGGAAGGAUUUGAGAGAUGAAAGAUGUGACGAAGAUAAUCGUGAAUAUGACAAAUUUGACUAUGAGCAGCUUCUGGCCAAUUCUACGUUUUGCCUAGUAGCCCGCGGGCGUCGGCUCGGUUCCUACCGGUUUCUAGAAGCCUUGGCGGCGGGUUGUGUGCCUGUGUUACUGAGCAAUGGCUGGCGACUUCCAUUUGACGAGCGCAUUGACUGGCGGCGAGCCGUCAUUUGGGCAGACGAACGUCUGCUAUUGCAGGUUCCAGAGUUAGUUCGUUCAGUACCUCCUGAGCGAGUCCUAGCGCUGCGUCAGCAAACACAGUUAUUGUGGGAGCAAUAUUUUUCGUCCAUUGAAAAAAUUGUGUUCACUACAAUUGAGAUAUUGUUGGAGCGUAUAUUAGCUCAUAGAACGUCGAGACAACGAGAGGCUUUGAUUUGGAACGCGUCGCCAGGCGCUCUGGGCUCACUCGCUACGUACGGCGACUCUCGCGCGCACUACCCGGUGUCUGCGGCCGCGCCCCCCGCCCCGCCGGCCCCCGCGCCUCCCCCCGCGCCGCUGCCUGCCCCCGCCGUGGCCCUCACCGCGCCGCCCCCUUCCCCAGGCAACACCUUCACCGCCUUGCUCUACGUCCAGACCACAUCGACUGCCCUUCACAAGCUGCUGUCAAAUAUUGCCAGUAGCGAGUUCUGCGAAAAGGUGGUGUUGGUGUGGGACAGCGACCGCGCGGCGCCGUCGUUGUCGACACUCCCGCGCGCGGCCGGCGACCGCCGCGACCCGCUGCCCGUGCUCGUCAUCGACGCCACCACUCACUACCCGGGAGAGGGCGUGGCGGCGCGCUGGCAGCCGCUGUGGGCGGUGCGCACGGCGGCCGUGUUCUCGCUGGACGGCGACGCGCCGCUGCUGGCCGAGGAGCUCGACUUCGCCUUCCGCGUCUGGCAGCACUUCCCUGAGCGGAUCGUCGGCUAUCCUGCGCGCACGCAUUACUGGGAUGAGGCUAAGGGCACAUGGGGCUACAGUAGCAAAUGGGGCGGGUCGUACUCGAUGGUGUUGGCGGGCGCGGCGUUGGUGCACCGUGCGACCCUAGCACAGUACGGCAACAUAGCGCCGGCGCUGCGGCUGGCCGUGCAGCGCGCCGGCAACUGCGAGGACAUCUUGCUCAACUGCCUCGUGGCGCACCUCACGCGCCGCCCGCCGCUCAAGCUGGCGCAGCGCCGGCGGUACAAACACCGCUACAGUCGGUCAUCAUGGAGCGACCCCUCGCACUUCGUGCAGCGGCAGUCGUGCCUGAACACGUUCGCGGCGGCCUGGGGCUACAUGCCGCUGCUGCGCUCCAGCCUCCGCCUCGACCCCGUUCUCUUCAAGGACCCCGUAUCCACGCUUCGCAAGAAAUACCGCAAAAUGGAGCUCGUUACCUCUUAACUCUAGUCGAAAAUAGUCUAAAUAUAAAGCGUUAAAAGUUCA